UGAAGGUAGUAGCUAGUAUAGUACUACUACUCAAGCAAGAAACAAACAAGCAAUAAUCAUGUAUAGAGAAAUGUCAGUGUUCAUUCCGUCUUGGCUUCUUUAAAUAAAGCUCUCUCUCUGUGGAAAAGCAAAACGAUGUAAAUCAAAAGAGAAAGAAAGAUCUCAAGGGAAUCUUAUAGCAAGAUCAAUUCAGAGGCUUCUAUAUAUUUAUAUACACACACACACAUAGAGUGCUUUAAUAGUAUUUUAUAUUGUGUAUCAUCAUGAGUUCUUCUAGAGAUCAAAAGAAAGCUUUGCAUGAGAGGCUGCAGCGACUUCGAGCCAUCACCAACUCCACCGCUAUUCACAAAGCUUCGAUUAUAGUUGAUGCCUCAAAGUACAUCGAGGAGUUGAAGCAAAAGGUGGCAACAUUGAACCAAGAGAUUGGCACCUCCUCAAUCUCAAUUGACCAACAUCACUUGCCUGCGGUGACAGUGGAAACCAUAGAUAAGGGUUUUCUUAUUAAUGUAUUAUCAGAGCAGAAUUGCCCUGGUUUGCUCGUGUCUAUUCUUGAAGCCUUUGAAAACUUGGGACUUGACGUGCUUGAUGCUAGGGUUUCUUGUACAGACAAUUUUCAACUAGAAGCAAUUGGAGGAGAAAGUGACGAUAGUAUUGAUGCUCAAGUGGUGAAACAAGCGGUUUUGCAAGCAAUUCAGAACUGGAGUACUGAGCAAGAUUAAUUAAUAAAUAAAUACUUUAGAUAUAAUUUAGCCAUAUUGAUCAUCACCUUUAAUAUGGUGAUGAUGGCCACGUAUUAUUGUAAGGAAAUUGUUUCAUGGAGGAAAUUUUUUAAUGUUCUA